UCUGUUAGGGACCAGAGAUCAGUUCACAUGGCUUGUCAUGCUGCUGGUCUUUCCAUCCACUGUGGAUUAUUACUUGUGAUCUCUUAUAAAGACUAGUAUCUACAAGAUUAAUCAUUUCAGUGAGUACUCUGAUUGUGGGUCUUCAGGCUCUGGAUUAGCAGAGCAGAGAUGGAUCUUUCCCGACCCCAAGACCUGGAGUGUGAAGUGGAGAUGAAAUGCACAAGUCCAGAGAUGAGCUCCAAGGUCAGCGUCCGAGAGCACCCAAAGUUGGAGCUGAAAGACUCAGGGUUUGAAUCUGAUAGCUCAGCUUCACCCUCCUCUCGUCUAACAUCAGCUAAAAAGCAAAAAAGGACACCAGUCAUCGACACGCUGAAAGAUAACAGUGAUACACAAGGAUCAAAGGAAGUCAACAAUCAUCCUAAGUUAAAAAGGACACCAUCUGUGCUGCAUCCAGUGGACUCAUCUCAACAUUCAACAACGGCAGCCAGCAGCUUCAGAACUUCCACUGUGAUCAGCUGUGCAUCUCUGAGUAGCAACACUUCAAAGCAUCAUCCACCUGGAUUCACAGCAGCAGAACGUCCAGGAGAUGGGCUCCUUAAACCUCCUGAGUCCAGUGAUUUAUACGUUAAGAGUAAUUCCAUGGAAUGUGUAGGCACCUUUAAAGAAAAGACUCUCAACACAGGGCUCGGUGAAGACAGAGCAGACUCUGAUCAGGACAGUUUUGAUUCCAUGGAGACUUCCAACGGACAACAAGAGGAUGACACAAGUUGUGACAGUUUGAGCUCUAACUCUUCAGACACAGAUCAGCCUUCAGAUUGUCGUCUUCCAGAACCCAGUGAAGUUAGCCGCCUAGAAGAGGCCAGGGAUAAAUUAAAGGAAGAAUACAAUAACCGUAUGAAGUUAAUGUUUGUGGAACCAGAAAAAUGCAACGUUUUACUGAAAGAUAUAUACACUGAACCCUGUAUCACACAAGAAGAAGCAUUUGAAGAAGAAGAAAAAGAAGAAAAAGAACAAUCAGCAGAAGACGAAUGCCCUGUACGUGAAACAGGAGAGCUGAAGGCAGCACCUAGACCAGCAAGGUUAAAAGUGUUUCCAUUUAAAUGGAACAUCUUCAAUCAACCACCUGAAGGAAAGAGGAAAAUCAAAACUGUGCUCACCAAGGGAAUCCCUGGAAUUGUUAAAACUGUCUGUGUGCAGAAGUUCGUUCUUGACUGGGCUGAAGGAAAAACCCACCAGGAGAUCGAUGUGAUCCUUGCACUUUCUUUACAGAGUUUAAACCUGAAGAAAGAUCAGAACGUUAGUUUAAAUGAGCUACUUCAUCACUUCUUCCCUCAGAUUAAACAGAUCCAGUUAAACACAGCCAGAGUCAUGCUUAUAUUUGAUGGUCUAGAUGAGUAUCGCCUUCCUCUGGAUUUCCAACACAACCCUAACUGCUCUGAUCCAAGCGAGCCAACAGCGGUGGAUGUGUUACUGACAAACCUCAUCAGAGGAAACCUACUCCCCUCGGCCCUCCUCUGGAUUACCUCUCGCCCGGAGGCUGCGAACACAAUACCUUCAGAGUACCUCCAGAGUGUCACAGAAAUCCAGGGGUUCACAGACACCCAGAGGGAAGAGUACCUCUACAAGAGAAUCAGUGAUAAAACCAAAGCCAGUAAAAUCAUCUCACACAUCAAAACAUCGGAGUACCUCCGCAGACUUUGUCACAUACCCGCCUACUGCUCGCUCUUAGUAGCAGUUCUACAGGAGACUCUGAACAACACAAGGGCUCCUCAAACGCUGGUGGAGAUCCUGAAACGCUCUUUUAGAGCAAACCUGCACUCAAAAGACCACGCAGAAUAAGACAAUGUUUAAAAUACUGAGCGGAAACCGAACUCUAAAGAAGUUAAGCUAUAAGAUUUGUUUAAUAUGGAGUUUAAACUACUGAGAGAGGAACUAUGUUCUUAAAAAAAUGCCGUUUCCUUAAUGGAUCCAUUCCCAACUCAACUUUAAGUUAAUCUGUUUUUAAUCUCAGAUUUUUAACCCAUUUUCUUCCCAAUUUGGAAGACAAAUUACACAAUUCUCCUGUUACUAGUAACGCACCUCCUCCGAUACAUGUGAAGUUUUUUUUUUUUAACUGUGCCAGAGAGAGCAUGGCCAGUUAUGCUCCCUUAGACUCCGGCUGCUGAUGGCAAGUGGCAUGAUCCGGAAUUCAAUCUAACGAUCCUCAGAUCAGUGUACUCAUCUCUCUAUCACUUUAGGACUUUUCUCAAGUCUUUCAGUAUCUUGUCACUUACUAGCUAGACACUGUGCUCACUACAAUUACAUGCCAAAUUUCACGCUGCUAAAGCAUUACUUCCUUUUGUUCACACGGACAAGUAACUGCCAGUCACGAUCAUUACCGCCUACUAUGCUGUCCACUGUGUGUGGUAAUAGCUGUGACAUAUUCUCAGUACACACAUGAUACUGUGAAAUGUUAAAAAUCCAAAUAUGCACACACCUUAGGAAAUGAAAGGUCCCUUUAAUCUAUUUCCCACUAUCAGGCCUUACUCAAACUCAGAUGAUUCCUGUUACUUCCCCAUGAGUAACUUAUACAGGUGUAGGCGCUUCCAAGCCAACUCAUGAGAUACCAUUCCAUGACUCGUUCAUUUACAUACUGCUGCUCGUGACUUUUGGCAUUUUAGUGUACCUGUUCCGGCUAGGUACUGUUUAAUGGAACUGUUCUUUUACUGACUGCACUUUUUUUCAGCUAACUUUACUUAUUUUGUAAUGCUUAUUUUGCACUUUAAUCUCAGAUGUUUUAAUAGUUAAUUAGUUAUUUAUUAGACUUUUCGGGUCCAUAAUGCACUUUUGUUUUGUAUAAAGCUUAAUUUUAGACAAAACACUGAAUAUUAGCAGUAGCAGCAAAUUGUUUACUGAAAGGCUUAGCUGUUAAUGAAUUGAUUUCUAUUUGUGUAAUACAAUAGGAUUCCUACUGAUUUGUCCGUUUGAACUGGAUUUAAAAAAUGAACAAAUAGGUAAGAGCAACAAGUGUCUAGAUAGACAACUGUAGUCCGUUUGUGGCGACUAAACACAGCCAACAUUUGUUGGGGUUAUAAUAGCUGGAUCUCUGGCGCCACCCUCAGGUCACACAGCUGUUUCACGGUGUCUUCUCACUUUUCUCACAGGCACGUAUGUAAAAUGUUGUAUAUUUAAUGCAAUAUGUGAAGGAUAAAAUGUUACAACACUAGAAAUUGGGCUCCAGAUACACUUAGAUAAUACUUAGAUAUAAUUAAAUGGUAAAAUGUUAUAAAUGUUUAAGUAUAAGCUGAAAUCCUGUUAGUCAAGCUUUAUUGUUUGUCUUGCACUUUAUAAAGAACAUACUGACCUGUGAGAUUUUUUUUCUAUUCUGAGGUAUCUCAGCUGGCUCGCUGAAUUUCUGCCAGUUAUGAAGGUUAUAUGAGGGUGAAAUCUUAUUAAAAGUUUUUACCUGUUCCGUUAAGGUUCUGGUUUCUUAGAUUUUGACUGAAAGCUCACAGCUGGAGAGCAGUGAUACUGUAAAGUAGGGCAAGGUUUCCUUAAAGGUGAUUUACAGAACCAAGAAGGAUCACAGUAACCAGUAGUGUAGCCUAGCCUAGCCUAACUGAGCCGUGUAAAAAAACACAAAUUAUUUUUGGUAAAUAUUUUUAUUGUAAAUAGUCGUAACCUACAGUGUCGCUGUUCUGUUGGUAUCCCUCCAGCAUGGCAUGAGGGAUAGCUUUAAGCCUAGCAAAUUUUAGCUUCUUCAGUCUGCCUAGCAUUAUUUUUCCAGUUUUUAUUCCAUAUGCAGAGAAACCUGCAGUGGCAUCUCUUCUAGUAGUAUUUUCCUUUACUUGUUUUGUCUAGUGUUAAAUUCAAUCCUGGAAAUCCUGGAUUUCCUACUAAGUUAUCCACAGUUGUGCUUCUUUUGGUACUAAUGUUUUACCUCUCUGCUGGGCCUAGUAUUAAAUUUUAGCUCCCUAGGUUUCCUACUAAGAUCCCUGCAGUGAAGUUUCCUCUAGCAGGCUCUCUGGACUAGCAUUAUUCGAUUUUAGUUUUUGAAGUCUCACUUAUAUAUUCUACUAAAGAAGUCAUUGCUUUUUUCCCAGAAAGACUUUCACUAGUAGCAUGGACAUUUUUAGGGUGAAUAUAAUGAGUUAAAACUGUUACAUAACAGCUUGUAGAUUUUAGAAACAUUUGAUGUUACAUUGAUUAAUUAUAUAACUACAUAUUAGAAGUAAUUCAUUAUACAUAUAUUUAGUUUUCUUCUCUGAAAUAAAAAGCUAAUGUACAAAACUCAACAAAUCUCCUUAACUUACAAACACAUUUUCAGUUGUGGUGUUGAGUGAGAUUUUAGAAUAUGCCCUUAGCAGAAUUUUUCUGCUCACUUCAAGAGAGUAGAAUCAGAUGGCAUAUGUAUCUAGAGGAGUUUACUGCACCAUUACCAACACUUUGUAUAGUUUUAAGGAAAUUGCUACGGUUGGAAUAAAAUACUUAAAAGUAAAAAAAAAAAAAGUACUGAUAUAUAAACUGUGUCUAAUAUACUGAGUUAUAGAGAUAAGUAAAUAAAGGCUCAUUUAUACUCCCUCUACAUGUGAAAAUGAGUAUGUCUGUAAGAAGCAAUGUAACAGUCACAGCAACACAUCCACUAGAGGGAGUCAAAAGCUUCUGACGAAAAUUGCUGAUGAGGAAAGUAGUAAUAAUACACCUUCUAUAAAAGAUACAUGAGGUUGAUUAAAAAUGUUAUAAUCCGUAAUUAGACUGCAAAGCGUCUCUUCAAGAAGAAUACACUUAAUUUUUUUUUGUGUCCAUUUGACAGUUUUGGUGUUUCUCCUGAACUACUUCAGAGAAUGUAAAUAAAUAGAGUCAAAAAGUCUGUAUUUACCAUUGUGCAAAAACAUCUGAAAAAUAGGAUGGAAACCAAAUACUUCAGGACAAUCAGAAGCAGUAAUCCCAGAAAAAAAUAAAAUAAAAAAUUGCACAUUUGUAACAUUUGUUGCUUGGAGAUAUUUUGUCAUCCAUACAA